GAGGAGGGGGAAGGAGGCGUGGAGGAGGAGCCGCCGCCUCCGCGUCAGAGGAACCUCGCACUGCCCAAUGGCUCAGACCCCAGAGUGAGCUGCGAGCAGAGGAGCGGAGUCGCGGACAAACGCCGGGGCUGGCUUGGAAGCUUUUCCUUCAGGGCUGUGCGGGCCGGGCGCAACCAUGUCGGGGAAGGAAGCCGGGGGCGAUGCGGGGCCCAGAGAAACAGCCCCCGCAUCAACAUACUCAUCUCCUGCAAGAAGUUUGGGGGAUACAGGAAUAACACCUCUGUCUCCUUCCCAUAUUGUGAAUGACUCAGAUGCAAACGUCUCUGAACAGCAGUCAUUUCUCGUGGUCGUUGCUAUUGAUUUUGGCACUACGUCUAGUGGCUAUGCCUACAGCUUCACAAAGGAGCCAGAAUGCAUUCAUGUCAUGAGGCGGUGGGAAGGUGGAGAUCCUGGUGUAUCCAAUCAGAAGACCCCAACCACCAUCUUAUUGACUCCAGAAAGGAAAUUUCAUAGCUUUGGCUAUGCAGCCAGAGAUUUUUACCAUGAUCUGGACCCAAAUGAGGCCAAGCAGUGGCUCUACUUGGAAAAAUUCAAGAUGAAACUCCAUACCACCGGUAAUCUCACCAUGGAGACAGAACUGACAGCAGCAAAUGGAAAGAAAAUCAAAGCACUUGAAAUCUUUGCUUAUGCCCUGCAGUACUUUAAGGAACAAGCAUUGAAGGAGUUGAGUGAUCAAGCAGGCUCUGAGUUUGAAAAUUCUGACGUCAGAUGGGUCAUCACAGUACCUGCUAUUUGGAAACAGCCUGCCAAGCAGUUUAUGCGACAGGCUGCCUACCAGGCGGAGAUGGCCACCCCUGAAAAUCCAGAACAGCUGAUAAUCGCCCUGGAACCAGAAGCAGCCUCCAUCUACUGCAGGAAACUUCGCCUCCACCAGAUGAUAGACCUGAGCAGCAAAGCAGCUGUCAAUGGUUACACCUCCAGUGACACUGUAGGAGCUGGGUUUGCACAGGCUAAGGAACACAUACGUCGUAAUCGGCAGAGUCGGACCUUUUUGGUGGAAAAUGUCAUAGGAGAGAUCUGGUCUGAAUUGGAGGAAGGUGACAGGUAUGUGGUUGUGGACAGUGGAGGAGGCACAGUGGACCUCACUGUCCAUCAGAUCAGAUUGCCUGAGGGACACCUUAAAGAACUGUACAAGUCAACAGGUGGACCAUAUGGUUCCUUGGGAGUGGAUUAUGAAUUUGAAAAACUUCUGUGUAAAAUAUUUGGAGAAGAUUUUAUCGAACAAUUUAAAAUUAAACGUCCGGCAGCCUGGGUAGACUUAAUGAUUGCUUUUGAGUCGCGCAAAAGGGCUGCUGCCCCUGAUAGAACCAAUCCCCUAAAUAUCAAUCUGCCCUUCUCCUUCAUUGACUACUAUAAGAAGUUUCGAGGUCACAGUGUGGAACAUGCCUUGAGAAAAAGCAAUGUAGACUUUGUGAAAUGGUCAUCCCAGGGAAUGCUAAGGAUGAGCCCAGAUGCAAUGAAUGCCCUUUUUAAGCCAACAAUUGACAAUAUCAUCGAUCAUCUCCGGGACCUGUUUGAGAAGCCUGAGGUGUCAGAUGUCAAAUUUCUCUUCCUGGUGGGUGGCUUUGCAGAAGCCCCUCUCCUGCAGCAGGCAGUGCAGUCAGCCUUUGGGAACAAGUGCCGAAUCAUCAUUCCUCAGGAUGUGGGUCUUACCAUCCUCAAAGGAGCAGUCCUCUUUGGGCUGGACCCUGCUGUCAUUAAGGUGCGGCGCUCACCUCUGACCUAUGGGGUAGGAGUCCUGAACCGUUAUGUGGAAGGGAAGCACCCACCAGACAAGUUGCUGGUCAAAGAUGGCACAAGAUGGUGCACCGAUGUCUUCGAUAAAUUCAUUUCAGCAGACCAGUCCGUUGCCCUGGGAGAAACAGUAAAGCGUAGCUACACCCCUGCCAAGCCCUCCCAGAUGCUCAUUAUCAUCAACAUCUAUAGUGCUGAGCAAGACAAUGUCAACUUCAUCACCGAUCCAGGAGUAAAGAAAUGUGGUACCCUCCGUUUGGAUCUCACUGGGACCAAUGAUACCCCACUGGCCACUCGGAGGGAGAUCCAAACAUUCAUGCAGUUUGGGGACACUGAGAUCAAAGCCAUGGCCAUUGAUAUUCCCACCUCCAAGAGUGUCAAAGUUGGGAUAGAUUUCUUAAAUUACUAACUCUCACCUUCCAUCCCUCCCAUCUCCCAUUCUCCCCUCCCCACCUCAACUCACUUACCUGCAAUGCUUUGGUUUUGAGGGCGCCAUUCUUUCCUUUUCAUACUUGCCAUCACACCCACUUGAAUUUCAGCAGGAUAGAUGAGAACAGACAGAACCGAGAAAAGUUGAGGAUUUGGAGGAGGAGGUUGAGAUAUUUAGUAGGGUUUUGUAGGGAUUCUGACACCAUAUGACCGUCAGGAAAAAAAAGCAUGCUGUAUAGAAAUGAAUGAAUUCAGGGAUAGUCAAGGAAGGGUAGCUGGUUCUCACAUAAACAGAAGUGGUCAAAAACUCCCUCAGACAUUGAAAAAAAUAUUUACUGCAUCAUUGGUUUGUCUUUUAACAGAUCUCAGUUAAGCAGAACUAAGGCACUUUUAUUAUAGUAUUUUUAGAUUUAACAAGAUCCCAGAGCCCAAGGGACACUUUUUGAUUUCUUUUAUCAUAAAUAUGUGUGAUUUUUUAAAAAAAAAUUGAAGGGCAAUAUAAAAAGAACUAUAAGUCUGUAGGUAUUCUCUUUCUUUGUCAUCAUGUUUUUCAAGUGGUGCUUAAUUGGGAGCCUGGAGUGUUUUAUAACCCGUAAGAGAAGACUGCCUAUUCUGUGCACUGAUAUUCCAGGUUCAACACAAGAUUUUAAAUUUCAAGUGAACAAAAAAUCUUUAAGAAGAUUUAUUCUGUGGUCUCUGUGAAUCCAGGAACUAAUAGCAUAGGUAGAGGGAGACCUGAUGUUAAACCCUACAAUAAUUCAGUAGACAACGCUUGCUCUUAUGUAAAUAGAUUUAAUUGCUGAUCUGCUCAAAGUAUUACGUUGAUCUGUCCAAACAUAAUCCAGAGAUGACACAAGUAAGCUGCUAGUACUUCUGAUGGGCAAGUCAAAUGUUGAUAUCAAGUAACUCAUUUUGGAGCCCUAAUUAAUUUUAGUAGAAGAUGCUUAUGAUAUUUCACAGGAUUAAUUAAGCCUAGCACUUCCAAAAUUUGUAACAAUUGAUAAAAAAUAAAUUUCUUGGGCCAAACUUUCCCUUGGAAUAGUGUUGGCCAUUCUGUUCCCCAUUUAGAGGAGGAAAAAAAUCAGUGCAUAGUGAGUACAGUAUAAGAAGUGAAGUUCUCCUUUGAAAUGUUUCAGCAAAUUCUUUAGUUCAAAAUGUUUUCCUACCUUACUGAAGGGGACUUUCCAAAUAUAUACAUUAUGGAUUAAAUAGCAGGCUGAAAACAAAGGUGCUCUAGAGAAUAGGCCCCUAGGUCUCUUUCUCUGCAUAGGCUAAAAGCUCUUAGAAGCAGGGUGUCCAAGAUUUUUUUUUCAAAUGUUGUAAUUCGGGGCAGCUAGAUGGCGCAGUGGAUAGAGCACUGGCCUUGAGGUCAGGAGGACCUGAGUUCAAAUGUGACCUCAGCUACUUGACACUUCCUAGCUGUGUGACCCUGGGCAAGUCACUUAACCCCAAUUGCCUCACCAAAAAAACAAAAAACAAAAACAAAAGCAAACAAAAAAAGUUGUAAUUCAGGAAGAUUUGUCGGAGGCUGACCUUGUUUGAGUUUCUACCUUACCUUACUCUUAAGUACACACAAUAAGGAAUAAAGAAAAGAAAGAAUUAGAGACAAAAACACAUGGUAGUUUGGUAACUGUCUGCCAUGGAUGUUAUAGAUUUAAUCUUUUUUAAAAGUUACCAUGUUCCUUCAUGAUUUCUCCAAAGGCCCCCUCAUGCAAAAUCCAGGACCAAACCUCCAAAGUGAUUGAUUGUAUGAACCUGGCUCACAAUUUAGCUGACUCUUCAAAUCUGUAUUUUCUACCUGAUGAAAUUCAUUAAGCUUUAAAGCUGCUGGGGGUUUCAUGAAAGAAUAGAAACUUUACCUGGCAUUUAGCUAGUUGGAACUACAAACCCAUUAUUAUGGCUUAUUGAUCUUCUAAAUGACAUUUCAAAAUUUCAUUGAACAUUUUACAUUUUGCCCUUGUUUUCACUUUAACAUCUCUUUAUAGAAUUUCCUCAUAGAAUGUGAACCAUGAAACACUAAGAAUAAAUCAAGAAUGCUAGUCACAUAACUUGGCAUAAAGAUUUCCUAUACAAUUACAGAGGUAUGCUUGCUAGCAUUCUAUUUCUUGCUGCCUGCUAUGCUUAAAAAGCUAAAUAUUACAGGUUUUUCUUUGGUCUUACGAACCAGAGUUUACAAAUAAAAUAAGGAAGACUUUGCAAUUUAGUCAUGAACAAUAUAAUUUUAUGUACAUACACUAUUUGAAUAAUGUACAGAAUCUUUAUUUCUACAAGGCUUCUUUCUUGUAUAAAAAUGCUCUUUGCUUUUUGUUGAAUGCAUUCCACUCUGGAUUGUUACUGAUAUCAUUUCAAUCAUUCUAGUUAAUGACAGGCUUUUCAAAACAGGAAGCCAUGCAAUAUUUAUGGAAGGAAGGCUGACCAAAGGAAUGGAGACAGAUGGCUAGGGCUAAAUGUUGUUGUGAAUCGAUUGUACUCAUCAGUGAUCACUACCCAGGUCAGAGCAGUAGUCUGCAUUCUUUCACUAUUUUCUUUUAAAAGAAUGAAAACUUCUAAUCACAGAUGACUACUUCUGUCACAUACUUGAAAGUUUAUCAUUCUGAUGUCUGUAGGCAGUCUGACUUUACUUAUAAAAUAAGGCAGAUUUUUCAACUCCUUGCUUCCCAUGGGAAACUUUGAUGAUUCUUGAAGCCCCUGCUUAUUGGGUAAAAAAGCCAAAAUUCAGUCCAUACAAGUGGCUUUUUCAGUGUGUCAGCAUUUAAAGGAAGGGAAAGAAGGGUGGAUUACUCCAUCUUUUCUUCAUUUUAGAGUGUGAAUAAAUUAUUCAAAAGUAGGGUUGCCUUUAAAGGGACUUUCCCUCUAUCCACACCUUUCUCCUUUUCCUAUUGUCAAUAUUCUCCUACCUUGCAUUCAAGAUAUGUCUCUUUAAGCCAGGUAGACUAGAUCACAAACCCCAUGAACUGUAGUGUGGGCGGAUGUGAUUGAUUGGGGCCAGAAAUUCUACUGGACUCUGAAAAUGCAGCCCAAUUAGACAAACUCAUUAAGAAUGCUCAUAUAUCUAGUAGGUUAAAAAUCAUAUUGAAAAUUCCUAGAACUCGAUCACUAUACUUUAAUAAGACAUGUUCUGAUCUUAUAGAAAGUUUUGAAAAAAAGAUGUAUCUUCUUGACCCACUUUACUGAAUUGCCCCCUCGGCUGUCAUCUGGGUAAUUGAAUCAUAAAUAUCUUGAAGGUAGGGACUGUAGAAUUUUCUUUGCAACUUCCCCACUGCACAUACACCAAGCAUGAAUAAGUGUUGUUGAAUGAAUAAGCAAAUAACACCGAUAGGGAAUAAUAAAUAAGAUAUGUUUCAACUUGAGUGGAAGUUGGCAUAAAAUGUUCAAGUGAACUUUGCAGAGUGAUGACUGUGAGAAAAGACUGCAAAAUAGACCCUAUCCCUUCAUAGUUUAGGUCAAGUUUAGCUAUUAAGGGUCCAGGUCCAGAUUAGGCUGCUUAUUGUCAAUAUGUCAAGGAUGGUAUGCACCAAAAUAAACUGGAGUCAAUAAUGUUCAUAUGGGAAGGUUGGACUUCAUGCUGCAAUGACUUAGUGGCUGUCAUACACUGUAUAUUCAUGCUAAAAUUGGCUUAAGCAGAUGACUAGUAGAAAGAAUUGUUGAGCAUAAUGUUGAGCAUUACUCACCUGCUUGGAGUACUAAACAAUAUAAUAAAAUAUUAAUCAUUGUGGUCCUUCACCUCUCUGCACAAGAGAAAUGUGAAUCUCACUCGGCAGCAACUCACAACUUGUCAGGACUGUAUUUUCAAACUCCUAUGUCUUCACAGGUGUCUAAUAAAGCAAAGUAAAGCUCUUGA